AUGCCACAGAACUCUCCUGACUGCUGGUACCCACCCUCAAUCCCCAAGAUAUGCCACAGAACUCUCACUGUGCUGGUACCCACCCUCAAUCCCCAAGAGAUGCCACAGAACUCUCCUCACUGUGCUGGUACCCACCUUCAAUCCCCAGAGAUGUCACAGAACUCUCCUCACUGUGCUGGUACCCACCCUCAAUCCCCAAGAGAUGCCACAGAACUCUCCUCACUGUGCUGGUACCCACCCUCAAUCCCCAGAGAUGUCACAGAACUCUCCUCACUGUGCUGGUACCCACCUUCAAUCCCCAGAGAUGUCACAGAACUCUCCUCACUGUGCUGGUACCCACCCUCAAUCCCCAGAGAUGUCACAGAACUCUCCUCACUGUGCUGGUACCCACCCUCAAUCCCCAGAGAUGUCACAGAACUCUCCUCACUGUGCUGGUACCCACCCUCAAUCCCCAGAGAUGUCACAGAACUCUCCUCACUGUGCUGGUACCCACCCUCAAUCCCCAAGAGAUGCCACAGAACUCUCCUCACUGUGCUGGUACCCACCUUCAAUCCCCAGAGAUGUCACAGAACUCUCCUCACUGUGCUGGUACCCACCCUCAAUCCCCAAGAGAUGCCACAGAACUCUCCUCACUGUGCUGGUACCCACCCUCAAUCCCCAGAGAUGUCACAGAACUCUCCUCACUGUGCUGGUACCCACCUUCAAUCCCCAGAGAUGUCACAGAACUCUCCUCACUGUGCUGGUACCCACCCUCAAUCCCCAGAGAUGUCACAGAACUCUCCUCACUGUGCUGGUACCCACCCUCAAUCCCCAGAGAUGUCACAGAACUCUCCUCGCUGUGCUGGUACCCACCCUCAAUCCCCAAGAGAUGCCACGGAACUCUCCUCACUGUGCUGGUACCCACCCUCAAUCCCCAAGAGAUGCCACAGAACUCUCCUCACUGUGCUGGUACCCACCUUCAAUCCCCAGAGAUGUCACAGAACUCUCCUCACUGUGCUGGUACCCACCCUCAAUCCCCAAGAGAUGCCACAGAACUCUCCUCACUGUGCUGGUACCCACCCUCAAUCCCCAGAGAUGUCACAGAACUCUCCUCACUGUGCUGGUACCCACCUUCAAUCCCCAGAGAUGUCACAGAACUCUCCUCACUGUGCUGGUACCCACCCUCAAUCCCCAGAGAUGUCACAGAACUAUCCUCACUGUGCUGGUACCCACCCUCAAUCCCCAGAGAUGUCACCGAACUCUCCUCACUGUGCUGGUACCCACCUUCAAUCCCCAGAGAUGUCACAGAACUCUCCUCACUGUGCUGGUACCCACCCUCAAUCCCCAGAGAUGUCACAGAACUCUCCUCACUGUGCUGGUACCCACCCUCAAUCCCCAGAGAUGUCACAGAACUCUCCUCACUGUGCUGGUACCCACCCUCAAUCCCCAGAGAUGUCACAGAACUCUCCUCACUGUGCUGGUACCCACCUUCAAUCCCCAGAGAUGUCACAGAACUCUCCUCACUGUGCUGGUACCCACCCUCAAUCCCCAGAGAUGUCACAGAACUCUCCUCACUGUGCUGGUACCCACGCUCAAUCCCCAAGAGAUGCCACAGAACUCUCCUCACUGUGCUGGUACCCACCCUCAAUCCCCAGAGAUGUCACAGAACUCUCCUCACUGUGCUGGUACCCACCUUCAAUCCCCAGAGAUGUCACAGAACUCUCCUCACUGUGCUGGUACCCACCCUCAAUCCCCAAGAGAUGCCACAGAACUCUCCUCACUGUGCUGGUACCCACCCUCAAUCCCCAGAGAUGUCACAGAACUCUCCUCACUGUGCUGGUACCCACCCUCAAUCCCCAAGAGAUGCCACAGAACUCUCCUCACUGUGCUGGUACUCAGCCUCCAGUCACAGUACUGUAUUGCUACUCAGUCUCAUGUGAUGGUACAAUACAUUUAUAA